AUGCCCUCCCAUAACCCCAAAGUCUUCCCCCUCUUCCUCUUCCUCCUCAUAACCCUCCUCCUCACAUUCCCAACCGUAGUCCCCUCAGUCUUAAUCCGCAACUACGAGCGGCGCAACUGCCAAGGCCGCUUCGAGCAAUGCACCGACGCCAACGAGAACACCUGCUGCGACCGCAGCGCCGGCAACCCGAACCAGCGACCCAGCUUCGAGUCCAGCGAGUUCCGGCGGCUGCCGUCGUCGGGGCUCGGACUCGCAUGCAAUGCGCGCGGCCGCGAGAAUUGUGGGCUGGUGACGGAUGUUUCGUGGGGGGAGUAUGCGUGUGCGGCACGGGGGAGUGAUCUUCCCGGGGCAUUUUGGUUUUCUUGUCGGGGGUGUCCGUUUAGGGGAGGCGGGAAUGGAGGGAAUGGAGGAGGUAAUGGGGGAGGUAACGGCGGAGGUAACGGAGGAGGAGGCAAUGGAGGACCUCGUGAACAGGCAAUGGAGCUGGCUCGCCAGCAGAUGAAGGACUACCCGCCUGUCCCAGUGAAGCCGGAUCUCGUGGGCAUUGACGGGCAUUUGUUCCCCGUGAACUAUGCCACGCCCGAGGAGAUCACCGAGGCCGUUUAUAAGGCUUACGAUGCUGGGCUGGGGUUCGAGGAUCUUCCGCAGCAUGUACUGGCCCAUGAAAUGGUCAAUGAGGAUCCGAUGGAGUGA